AUGUUGCCAUUCUCUCUCCUGUUAACUCUGUUGCUUUCUGUACGACUCUGCGGUGCUAAUGGACAAAAAGGAUGCACGUCCAACGGAAAGAACUACGAAAAUCUGCAAAUCUUAGACCAUAGCAACGGGUGUGCCCAACUGCAGUGCCAGUUCGGGAAACUAGUCACAUACUAUGAGGCUUGUGGCAAAGAAAUCGACGGUAACUGCCAUCGGCUGAACUUAAUGUUUGAUUAUCAAGAAAGGACUUACCAAUGCAGGAAAGUUGAAGUUGCAGACGGAUUUGAGUACAGCAACGAAAUCGCCAUUCCUAGAGUUGAGAACUGCGAGGUGAACGGGAGAAUUUAUGAGUCGUUGGAGAAGUUUCGUAUUGGUAAUGGCUGUAGAGAGUAUCAGUGCCAGAAUGGAGAGAUUGUUCCACUUGAUGCAAAGUGUGACUCGGAGGUUGACGGUAAAUGUCACUUGCUGGGCGAAACUUUUGAGAAGAACGGAAAAGUCUAUAACUGUACCAGUACAGAGGAAGAUGAAGAUGACAUCGUCUACGAGAAUGUGGUUCUAGAUCCCCAGCCAAGCGGUGCACAGUCUUGUCCAGCAGGAGAUAAAGUGUACCAAAAUUUUCAAGUGUUCACAAUCCCGCCAAAAUGUGACUUACGGCAAUGUCAAAACAAACGAGUCAAGAUCCUUACGGAUGCCUGUGCAUUCAAAAGGGAGGAUAUCAAAUGCUUUCAGCAAGGAGAGCAAUGGAAAGAUGGGGAAAGGACUUAUUGGUGUAGCUUCAAUGAAACAACAAAGACGGUCCAGACGCAGAUCAUAGCUAAAGGUUACGGAAAAUGCAAACGGGCAGAGAAGUGGUAUGACCACAUGGAGAUUCACACAAGACUAGACGGAUGUACAUCUCUGCAGUGUCAAGAUGGUAAAACGUUGCCUGUUCAAGAAGGGUGUUUGUGGAACGUGGACAACGAAUGUCAUGCUCUGAACUCCUUGUGGCAACAUGAAAAUACUGUGCUCAAGUGUGUACUUACUGAAGAUGGGCUGUACAGAAUUUUCGAAGUUGAUGAAAAUGGGGAAAUAAUCGACAGACCCGUACCAACAGAAGAAGUACCCGUAUUUGUUGAGCAUUGCCCAGCCAUGUCGGCGGAUAUUAUUCUCGUCAUGGAUGCAUCUGGCAGUAUAGUCAGCACGACAUUCAAGUACCUUCUGUAUUUCCUAUCGAGACUGUUGACCGCCUUCAACAUUGGGCCCAAUAAUGUCCGAGUUGCAGCCAUUGUCUUCAGCAAGACAGCAAAUAAGGUGUUUGAUCUGAAGACAUACAGUGAUUAUGAGUCUGUCAGCAAGGCCUUGCAGGAGACGCCAUUUCAAGGGGACGUCACUAACACACACUUGGCAUUUGACCUGAUUGUUGACGAUGACAUGUUUGGACCAGCCGCAGGUGGGAGAUAUGACGCUCCCAAUAUUGUUGUUGCCGUUACAGAUGGAAAUUCUUCCGACACUAAAACAACUUUGGCAUCUGUGGAUCGAGUAAAAGCACAGAAGGCAGAGGUUAUUGCAGUUGGUGUUGGUAAUAUCGCUCAGGAUGAGCUGUAUGGCAUGGCCAGCAGACCACAAAAUGUCUUCCAGAUACCGAGUUAUGCACAAAUAUUUUCCCUUAUAACUGCUCUAGCCAACCUGACUUGUGAGG